AUGAAUAAUUUAAAAUAUGUAAAUUUAAUCACACUAUUCAUAGCUGAUUGAUGAGCUCAAAAUGCAUGAGUCAAGCAGUUUAUUUAGAUUGAUGUAGGAAACACUUUUUGAAAAAUUAUGUUAGUAAGAACUAAUAAAGGAAAUAGUGUAAAUUUAUCAACAUAAGAGUAAAGAAUUUGAGCUAAAGGAAAUAUAGAUAUAUGAUAAUGGUCUUGUAAUAGAGAGUUUAUAUAUUGAAUUGAGUAAAUGUUAUCAUGAAAUCAAAUUUACAAAAACUAAGCAUUGUGAUGGUCUAUACGUAAUCAUCUUACAAAAUAAUUAUGGUAAAGAUUUUAUAAUGACAAACAAUGAAUAACAGAUGAAAAGAAUUCAAGUUCUGUUUAAGAAAUUUUGUAUAAACAAAAAUUUUUUUGGAAAAUAUCAAUUAUUACAAAAAAAUUGCUUGCCCAUAUCUUAAGCUAUCAAAGUAUAAUUAAAUUAAUAUGAUAGAAUAAUAGCGAGGAGCAUUUUACAUAAGUUUAUGAAAAAAAACUAUUAAAAGAUCCCAAGGAAUUCCAAAUAUUCCAUAAUUCCAUUACUAUAAUGCAUGCCUUAAAAACUAAACCCUCCUGUCCUAAACUAUAUGAAGACAAUUAUAAAUACUAUAUUCUUGGAGAAAAGAUGAAACUCUAAUCAUUAGAAACCUUACUACUGAAUGGAUUUGAUUUUCGAGAAAUCCCUUUCGUAUCAAUUAUAUACAUGAUCUUACAAAAUUUACAGAAGUAUUAACAAAGAAAUAUUUAUCAUGGAAAUAUUAAUCUUUCAUCUGUUUUCAUUAACAUUGAGAAUGAAACCUUAGAAAUAGUUAUUCUCUUUCCUAGAUAUGUAGAGAAUAGUAAUUAUACCAUUGAAAAUGAUCUUUAUAAUUUGGGAAUAUUAAUAUAUCAAAUUACCUUUUAUACUGAGACUAACAGAAUUAAAUAAUAUGUUGAUUUAGAUUUAAUAAAUAGAAUUCACAAUUAGAUGGCAGAUUAAAAUUAUAAACAAAACUAAUAUCAGUUUUUAUAUAGAUUUAGUCAAUUAGAUCUCUUGAAAUAACUUUUAUCCCCAAAUAUCACUGUAAAAAGAGCUAUAAAACAUCAAUGGUUUGUUACUAUUCAGUAGAAUAUCAAACAUUAAUAAAUUCAUAAAUAAUUAAAUCCAAUUUUUUUGCCAACCAUUGUUGAGAUUAGUGAUUCUUUAAUUAUAUCUUCUUCUCUUAAUGAUGGAAGAAUUACAAAUAUAAAUAAUCAAUAAUUAUUGUAAGAUUAAGGUAUUUAAUUAAUUUAAAAAUUUAUAGAUCCAGAAGAGUAUUAACCUAUCUAAUGUUAAAUUGUUAAUACUAUAACAAUGAUUCCUUCAAAAAGAAAACAUGAUGAAGCCAGCUAGUAUCUCAUAAAAUCUAAAACAGUACCUAAUUAACAAGUAAAAAGAGCUUCUCUGCCUGAAAUUAUAAAAUAAACAACCAUAAAAUGA